AUGGAAGCACCGCCUAAAGCCACGAAAACAUUGGAAUGCAAGGAAACGUUCGACCAAGAGACACUGAAAGCGACAUGGGAUGCCGAGACAGCGCCCGCCAAUAUCCCUGCAUAUUCCACUCGUCAAAUCGCUUUUAACACCGAGCUAACAACACAGGACGUGAAAGCGAUAAAUGAACUCGGUCGACUAAACGCCAUGCAACUCCAUGAAUACAUCACCAAUUUGCAAAAUAGCGCCUAUUUAAUCGGAAUUGAUGAGGCCCGACAAUGUUCCAAAGGAAAAUUCCUACAAGUAUUCAAGAAGUCG